CGCCCGCAGUCACGUCAACCACUGUAGGUACCUCAACCCCGCAGUCCCAUCGCGUGUGGAAGUCCGGCGCCGUCGCAGGAGCGUGAGGUCGUCUCCUCUGUUCAAGCGCGCUCUCAUUGUGUUCACCGUGCCUCUGUCACCGCCACCGUGCCCCUGUCACCGUCUCGUCUGUUCGUGCUUCCCCCGCCGGCGUGAGGAAACAUCACUGGACAUUGGCAUGGACGAGGCGGCCUUUGGAACAAAAUAUUUAGAUGGUGAUGGUGACCUGGGCAAUGAUGUACGUGGCAGCGGUUUAGCGAGGCCAGAGGAGGUGAUGGAGAUGUUGUUUAACUCUUCCGACGUGGCUGCUCAUUUCUACGAACAGUAUAGUCGAGGCAAGGGUUUUGCUACGCGUGUUGGUAAGAAGCUAAGAAAUAAGAAUGGGGACAUCGUGCGAUAUACAUAUUUGUGCAAUAGAGAAGGGUUUAGGCAAAAGAAGUGGUUGGAGUUGCAAGGUCGAAAGAGAGAACACAAGGUGGUUAUGCGAUGUGGGUGCAUGGCAGAGAUGCGUAUCAAGCAAAAUGGUCAGAUGGGUAAAUGGUAUGUGUCAAGAUUUGUAGAUGACCACAAUCAUGAGCUCCUCCCUCCGAAGUUGGUGGAAUACUUGCCUCCACAUAGGAAGAUGUCAGAUGUGGACGUAGCCCACAUGGAUAGCUUACGGCAAGUUGGGAUUUUAGUUCCUAAAAUAUAUGAGUCGCUUGCAGCACAGACUGGUGGCUUUGAUCAUAUCCCAUUCACAAAGAGAGAUAUGUACAAUGAAAUGAGGCGCCAACGAGGCAUGAGGAAGGGAGACGUCAAUGCAACGAUAAGGUACUUUGAGGCAGGUGCGAAAGCAGAUGAGAAACUCUUUUGGAGGUGUCAGGUGAGUGCAGAUCAGCAUAUGUGUGACCUGUUUUUGGCGUCGGGAGGAGUUAGGAUGAUUAUAAAUUUUUUGGCAAUGUCCUAGCAUUUGAUGCAACAU